CAGCGCCGGGUGCCGGCCAAUCCCAGAGCUCUGCCCCCGGGUCGCGUCACAGGCCGAACAACCAAACAGAAAAGUUUAAUAAACAGCGGACGGAGGGGCCGGCAGCGGCGGGGCCGGAGCGAGCAGGGGUUCGGCGGCCUCACCUGUCCCCAUUCACCGGCGGCGACCGGCGGCGGCGGACAGCGCGUCAGGCGGAGAGAGCCGCCGCCAGGAAUGAAUCUGAAGUCUGCUGCAGUAAAACACUGAAGGCUUUAAAAUGUUUUCUUGCAUAAAACUCAAACUUUAGCUGCUUAUGAGGAUAGGGAAGGCAGGAAGCUAAUGUGUGUCUCAAGAUACAGGACAGCUGUUUGCUCAUCAACUUCAACUGUCCCAAGCAACAGCAGGAAAGACAACCUGACAUAGGGAACUGGGGACUGGUAUACAGAGAGAGAACUACAAACCUUCCUCAGUACAGUAGGAACCCUAAUCCAAAAUCCCUGUACUUUUAUCAGAGUGUGCAACAGAGGAACAUGGCUCAAGAAACUAAUCACAGCCAAGUGCCUAUGCUUUGUUCCACUGGCUGCGGAUUUUAUGGAAACCCUCGUACAAAUGGCAUGUGUUCAGUAUGUUAUAAAGAACAUCUUCAAAGACAGAAUAGUAGUAAUGGUAGAAUAAGCCCACCUGCACCUUCUGUCAGUAGUCUGUCUGAGUCUUUACCAGUUCAGUGCACAGAUGGCAGUGUCCCAGAAGCUCAGUCAGCAUUAGACUCUACGUCUUCAUCUGUGCAGCCAAGCCCUGUAUCAAAUCAGUCACUUUUAUCAGAAUCUGUAGCAUCUUCCCAAGUGGACAGUACAUCUGUGGACAAAGCAAUACCUGAAACAGAAGACCUGCAAGCUUCAGUAUCAGAAACGGCACAGCAGCCAUCUGAAGAGCAAAGCAAGUCUCUUGAAAAACCAAAACAAAAAAAGAAUCGCUGUUUCAUGUGCAGGAAGAAAGUGGGACUUACUGGGUUUGAAUGCCGGUGUGGAAAUGUUUACUGUGGUGUACACCGUUACUCAGAUGUACACAAUUGCUCUUACAAUUACAAAGCUGAUGCUGCUGAGAAAAUCAGAAAAGAAAAUCCAGUAGUUGUUGGUGAAAAGAUCCAGAAGAUUUGAACUCCUGCUGGAAUACAAAAUCCUUUGACCAUCUGCAAACUAAAAAUUGACUUGAGGUUUUUUUUCCUAGUCAUUGGGAAUGUAGAGCAAUGUAUCUUGCAUAGACCUUUUAAUCAUGCAUGUCAUCAGAAGAAUAGAUUUUUGUUUUUGUUUUGAAAAUGACUCUGAACAUUUAUUUCCAUUGCAGUUUCUGUGGCUGAAAAGACUUAAGUAAACUUUAAAAGUAUUAUCCUUUUAAGAUCAUUUUAAUUUUAGUUGAGCGCAGAGGGCUUUUAUAACAAACGUGGAGAAAUUUUGGAGGGCUGUGAUUUUUCCAGUAUUAAACAUGCAUGCGUUAAUCUUGCAGUUUAUUUUCUCAUUGUGUAUGUAUAUAUAGCUUUUCUCUGCAGCACGAUUUCUCUUUUGAUAAUGCCCUUUAGGGCACAGCUAGUUAUCAGUAACUGAAUGUAUCUUAAUCAUUAUGGCUGCUUCUGUUUUUCAUUAACAAAGGUUAUACAUAUGUUAGCAUAUAGUUUCUUUGCGCCCACUAUUUAUGUCUGAAUCAUUUGUCACAGGAGAGUGUGUGCUGAUGAGAUUCUAAGUUUGCGUGUUUUUAAAUUUUUUUGAGCGAGGGAAGGAAAAGCUGUAUGCAUUUCAUUGCUGACUGCAGGUUUCUUUCAGAUUACGUUCAUCGGUCUGUGUGUAUACAAUAUGAAGAAUGAUCUGAAGUAAUUGUGCUGUAUUUAUGUUUAUUCACCAGUCUUUGAUUAAAUAAAAAGGAAAACCAUAAUGUU